UUGUUAUCUUUAGCAAUGUCCGGACGCGGCAAGCAGGGCGGCAAGGCUCGCGCUAAGGCCAAGACCCGCUCCUCCCGGGCCGGCCUGCAGUUCCCCGUGGGCCGCGUGCACCGUCUGCUCCGCAAGGGCAACUACUCGGAGAGGGUGGGCGCCGGCGCCCCGGUGUACUUGGCGGCCGUCCUGGAGUACCUGACGGCCGAGAUCCUGGAGCUGGCGGGCAACGCGGCGAGGGACAACAAGAAGACUCGCAUCAUCCCGCGCCACCUACAGCUGGCCAUUCGCAACGACGAGGAGCUCAACAAGCUGCUGGGCCGUGUGACCAUCGCGCAGGGCGGCGUUCUGCCCAACAUCCAGGCCGUGCUGCUGCCCAAGAAGACCGAGAGCCACCACAAGGCCAAGGGGAAAUAGAAUCAAGUUGGUGAUUGUACUGUCAACGUAUAUAAAGGCUCUUUUAAGAGCCAUCCACCUUUUCACAAGACCAGCUGGUGACACAAUACGUAUAGAUUCCCGCUCUAU